AUGGAACUUACCAUCAGGCUCAGAAAAUUGCAAUCUCUGCAGACGACGAUCAGAGAACAUGAUGAAAAAGUGCUCACCCAGAUGUUGGAUGAUAACUGUACGGCGGAGGCUUAUACGGAAGAAAGUGCAGCAAAUGAAGAAUAUUCAGACAAAAUUAGUGCAGCUAUUUUGAAAAUUGAAAAGGUUCUUGAUGCAGAAAUCCGUCCACUAAGCCCAAGUCCUGCCAGCAGUUAUACCACAGCGAACGGUGAACGUGUAAGAAGAAAUAUGACUUUUAAACUUCCCAAGAUUCAACUUCAGAAAUUCAGCGGCGAUACAAAGGAAUGGUUGGGAUGGUGGUCGCAGUUUAAGAAGAUCGACGAAGAUGAAGAGCUCCAUGCAAGUGACAAAUUUCAGUACCUACUACAGAGUACGGUAUCUGGGUCAAGGGCACGUGGACUGGUCGAAAGCUUCCCAAUGACGACAGAAAACUACCCAAAGGCCAUCACCGCUUUGAAGGAAAGAUUUGGGAAAGAGAAGUUCCUUCAGCAAGUGUAUGUGAGAGAGCUACUUCGGCUGGUUAUCACAACCGCAAAAUCAAAGGAAGUAGUCGUGCUCUCCAAACUUUAUGAUGACAUUGAGACUCAAUUAAGGGCAUUGGAGUCUUUAGGAAUUAAGGCGGAGCAGUCGACCCAGUUCCUGUUUCCUAUGGUGGAAUCCUGCCUCCUAAAAGAAAUCCUACUCGUUUGGCAAAGAAGUCCUCUUCGUAAACAAGAUGGGUCACAGCUUAACCCGAAGAAAAAUGAAUUGGAUUUUCUAAUGGAGUUUCUUCGAGAAGAAGUGGAGGGCGAGGAGAAUAGAAAGCUGGUGCGAUCCGGUUUCGAUGCAGCCAUCAAGGGAAAGGAAAAGAACAAGAAGAAGGGUCAAUUGGAGAAGAAUGAAGAAUUCCCCACUGCUGCCGGUCUUUAUUCAGGUCAACAAGUUGAACAGUGUGUUUUUUGUGGAAAAUCUAACCACAAAAGCCAGAAGUGUUUCAAAGCGCAGAAGAUGCCACUCGAGGAGAAGAAGAUCCUGGUUAAAGAAAAUGAGGGAUGCUUCAUCUGCCUAGGAAGGGGUCAUAUUGCGAAGAAGUGUAAAGCGUCGGUGUCAUGUCGUGUGUGCAAGAGUAAUCAUCAUGAAGUAAUGUGUUCUCAAGUCGAGAAGGAUGAUCAACAGGACAACUCGUACACGUUUAUUUCCACCGAUGCAGCUCAAACAAACAUCCAAUGCCAGAGUGAUGUUUUGUUGAAGACAGUGCUAGUGAAAGUCGGCUGUCAAGAAAAGAAAGAAGAUCGUGUUGUCAGGCUGCUUUUUGACGAAGGAAGUCAAAGAAGUUACAUAACCUACAGCACUGCAAAAGCCAUCAGAAGCAAGCCAAUGGGAUCAGAAUUCUCCAGAAAUGUGCUGUUCGAUGGUUCCGUUACUGAUGUUGGGCAAGUUUAUAAGCAUCACAUUUUGCUCAGAAGUCUGUACGGAAGAAAUCAAGUCAAAGUGGUUUUGAGAGAGAAGCCAAUUAUUGGAGGGAUAGUGCCAAGAGUUCAAAAUGGUCCAUGGAUUCAAGAGUUGAAAGCCAAGGGGAUCUUGCUCUCGGACUAUACGAUCAAUUUAUAA